ACCUCAUCUGUGAAGACGUAUUAUCAGGCACAGUGGAAGAUGGAUUUAGAGGCCAUUUAUGAAAAUGUUGAACGCAGAGAUACUGAGAACACAACUGGACCUCAAACUCAGAGUCACAGCCAGGAUGAAGGAAAAGAUCUUAAGCGCAGAGGAAGUAGAUGUUUGGUGUUGAUCACAGUGGGUCUCGGGCUCAUUUGUGUUCUUCUGCUGGUCUUCAUCAUACUGCAGCACAUCACCAUCACAGCAGAGAGAGACCUGAUAAAGAGUUACAAGAACACAGCUGAAGAGUUCAAUCAAACCAUCAACAGCUUACAGGACAGUUACACUGAUCUAAUGAUUGAAAAACACCAACUGCAGAACAACUUCAACACUUUGAGUCAGAAGAACCUGGAGUUAGAGACUGAACUAAGAAAUGUAUCUGAACGAGGAAAUGGCAUGCUUUUCAUGUCCACUGAGUUGAAGAGCUGGUCUGACAGCAGACAGUACUGCAGGGAUCGUGGUGCUGAUCUGGUCAUUAUCAACACUGAAGAGAAGCAGAGGUUCAUAUCUUCAUUAGUCAGUGAGAGAGGGUGGAUUGGUUUGUCUGACACAGAGAACGAGGGCAUCAUGAAAUGGGUGGAUAAUUCACCACUGAAUCAAGGGUUUUGGCUCAAAGGUGAGCCAAGCAACUACGGUGGAAAUGAGGACUGUAUUGAACUGAAUUAUAAUAGAGAGAAGACGGGAUGGUCACCGCUGAACAGCUGGAAUGAUGAUGUAUGCUCUGAGAAGAAAAAGGGGAUUUGUGAGAAAUAGGGUUCAUCCCGUCUUGUGGUUUUGCUUUUAUUAUCUAAUAUAGUCAUUCUUAUUGUCAACACAUUAGUUCUGAUUGAGGUUCCUGCCUUUUAAAACACUGCCAGCUGAUCUGAAAUUUGUUAGAAGGACAAUGUCAAAGUGUCAUUAUUUUCUUAUUGCUAUAAUAACCUUUGUUUCACAUGGUGUGAAUUCAGGACACAAAACCUCUGAUGUGUUCAUGUUUUGCUCCAACACAAGCAGCUCUGUAUUAAUAUGAUCUUAUUUUAGCUGUUAUCGUGAGUCUCAUUUGUUGGUCUGAAGUGUUGAGGAGACAAUCACAGAAAACUACAGAAGUCUAAAGUGUCCAGAUC